AUGAUCGCAGUGGAUGCUGGGGCGCACUUGUCCAGCAUGAUCCGCAUCCUACAGAGAGAAAUGCCAUUGAUGUCUGAAAAGCUGCCAGCUAAGGGAUACUCGAAGCUGUUGGAGAAGGGCCCAUUUGCCGGUCUUCGCUUUCCAAACAUCAGUGCGAAGGCAAACGCACUCUACAUCUUCCGCGAAAUCCUCCAUGGCUUUCUCAUCACGCAUCCGCAUCUGGACCAUCUCUCUGGCAUGGCAAUCAACACCCCAGCGCUCGAAUAUGGUAGAGAGGCGAAAGCGAUUGUAGCUUUACCGUCCACCAUCGAAGCUAUCAAGAACCACAUAUUCAAUGACUGGCUUUGGCCAAACCUGUCAGACGAAGGGAAUGGUGUUGGCUUCGUAACCUAUAGGCGGCUGAUUGAAGGUGGCAAUCCUCGCCUAGGACUGGGCGAAUCUCGAGGUUAUGUUAAUGUCUGUGACGGUUUGGCCACAAAGUGUUGGAGUGUGAGCCACGGGAAAUGUCACAGAAGGGCACACAGCGUAUCCUAUCAACAUGGUGAUGCGUUCGGGUACCCGUCCGAAUACAACUUCCCGUCUAGGAGACUGUCUCGGAUAUCGGACGAUCAUGGCUAUUUCGCCGCGGUCGCGCAACAACAGUCACAAAAUGCUGGUGCCUAUCCUCCUGGACCAGUUCAGAUGUCUGCUGGUCCUGCCACGCCCGGCGGACCUUUGACCUCGAACCUUCUCGAGAACUGCCAUUUAUUUGAGCCGGUCUCAAGUUCGGCGUUCUUCAUUCGCAAUGAUGCGACAGGCAACGAGCUGCUCAUAUUCGGCGACGUCGAACCCGACUCGGUCAGUUUGUCGCCUCGAAACCACAUAGUCUGGGACGACGCGGCCGGUAAAGUUGCCAAUGGAAUGCUCAAAGGGAUCUUCAUCGAGUGUUCGUAUGAUGACAGCGUACGCAAUGAGGAUCUUUAUGGUCACCUCUGCCCAAGACAUCUGGUUGCAGAACUCACCUUCCUGGCCAAUUGUGUCUGCAAUCGGCGAAAACAGAAGACAUCUGUCGACGGCGCAGCCACUGACACAGCUCUGGAUGGAUCAGCAUCUGGUCGGUCCAUUGGAGCUUCAUCGGUACCGGAUCUGUUGAUGCGACAACCGCCGACACCAUCAGAACUGAAACGCAAGCGCAAAAGGCCGGUGAAUGGUGAUUUGACCAUCACGCCGGAAGUCGGGCGCGCCAGUUCUGACAGCCUGCCUUCGCCGCAACCUAUGCCUAUUGGGUACGUGGGAAACAGGUCUAUCUCAUCGACUCGUAGAAAGGUCUCCCACGAACCGCGAGAAACUGAACAUGGAGCUGCUCCGCCCACUCCAGGGCGCGGCCGCAACGUCACCUUCCAAGCAGACUCAGCAACUUGGCCUGUGCAAUCUUCGAGUGGUCCCGCGCUCACCACAGCAACAACCUCGACGGCUCACACUCACCACAGCUCAUCUUCCCUCUCUGGUUCGGCCAACUAUCAGCGGGAAAAGCUUCCCGAACCUCUCAAGGGGCUUACGAUACAUAUUAUUCAUGUGAAAGAUACAUUGAUGGAUGGUCCAGCACCAGGGGACGUGAUUCUGGGGCAGCUGCGGGCUUUGGGUGAGGAAGCAGGGCUAGGAUGCGACUUUACUGUGACGAAUUGUGGAGAUAGUAUAUGGGUCUAG